AUGGCGGUCACCCUGUACUCACUGCUGCAGGCUGCUCUGCCCUGUGUCAAUGCCAUGGCCGUGCUGCAUGAGGAGCGGUUCCUCAACAAAAUCAUCUGGGGAACAGACCAGAGCGUUGGUGGUUUUGGAGAACAGCCAGGGAUUAAAUCACAGCUCAUAAAUCUAAUCCAAUUCAUACAAAUGGUGAUGAGAUUGCCGUUGAUGGUACUGAACUCCGCAACAAUUGUACUCAUAUUAUUUUUUGGAUGA